CCGUCGCUCAGAGAACCGGGUUCGAGUCCCCGCCUCGGCCGCCAUGGCGGAUGCGGAGCCGGAGGCUGGGGGCGGCAGCGAGGAUGGCGGCGGCGGCGGCGGCCCGGCUCCUCCGGGCCAGAGCGGCAGCGUCGCACGUGUGGCCCCGCUGGACCCCGAGCAGCUGCGGCGGGUCCUGGAGCGAGUGACGAAGGCGCAGCCGCCGCCGCCGCCCCCCUUCCUGCUUCAGGAAGUGGCGCGGCGGCUGCGGGACGCGGCCCAGCAGGCUGCCCCGCCGCGGGGCCCGGGCGCCGAGCCCCAGCGCCCGCCGCGCCUGCUGCCGCCCCAGCAACUAGAAGCCAUUUGUGUCAAGGUAACAUCUGGAGAAAUGAAAGGUCAGGAAAGGCUGGUGCCCUUCCAUCCCCAAACUGCAAGACAAAGCCAGCUGCCCCAGGGGAGUUCCUGCCUGAUGGGGCUCCAUGUCACCAGGCCUCAGCUGCUCAUUGUACAGCCGCUUGUGAGAACUGAGCCACAGUCGUGCCUCCUAAGUGACUUACGCCAACCUUCUGCUCAGGCAUUUGUACAGGGACCACUGCCAGCCCUCCAGGCAGUCCCUGCAAAGAAAGUCCCAGCCCCCAAGGCCGCAGAUGGACAGGGCUCCAUGUUGAACCCCUUGUUGGCCUCUGACCCACUGGCAGUAACAUCUGUUUCAUCCAGUUCAGCACACCGAUUUAUUUCAAACUUGCAUACAAAACAUACUGAGAAACUAAAAAAGUCGUUAAAAGUAAAGACACGUUCUGGACGGAUAUCUCGACCUCCCAAGUACAAAGCUAAAGAUUAUAAGUUCAUAAAAACAGAGGAUUUGGCAGAUGGUCAUCUGUCAGAUUCUGAUGAUUAUUCAGAACUCAGUGUGGAAGAAGAUGAAGAUCAGAGGGAGAGGCACGCGAUUUUUGACUUCCCGAGCUGCUCCCUGAGGCCCAAAGGCUUUAAGUGUCAAACUUGUGAAAAGUCAUAUAUAGGGAAGGGCGGACUGGCCCGGCAUUUUAAACUUAACCCAGGCCAUGGCCCACUGGAUCCCGAGAUGGUGCUGUCUGAGAAAGCCAAUGGGAGCACCCUCCCAGGGGGCACCGAGGAAAGGACACUCAGCCUGACCUCCCGGGGGCUGUCCACGCCAGCAGCUUUGCAUGAGGGAGGGGCCCGCUCUUGCUUGGUGACAGAGUCAGCACGCAGUGGCCUGCAGUCUGCAGACGUUGAAGAGACAUUGUCAUCUGAACCAGAAAAUGGAGCUCUUUUGGGAUCAGAGAGAUACCAAGGACCUAGAAGUCGCUCAUGCUCAGAGACCCCUGCAGAGUCCCACACAGCUGUACUCCUUCAGAGAAGAGCCACUCAGCCACAUGGUGGCCCUGCUGCAGCUGGAGAGCAGAGGGCGUCGCCAAGCAAAGCCAGGCUCAAGGAGUUUCUCCAGCAGUGUGACCGGGAAGAUCUGGUGGAAUUGGCUCUACCUCGGAUGGCUCAGGUUGUGACCGUGUAUGAGUUUCUUCUGAUGAAGGUUGAAAAAAAUCAUCUAGCAAAGCCUUUUUUCCCAGCUGUCUAUAAGGAAUUUGAAGAGUUGCAUCAAAUGGUUAAGCAAAUGUGCGGAGAUUACCUCAGUAGUUCCGGUCUGUGUUCUCAGGAGACCCUGGAAAUAAAUGAUAAUAAGGUUGCUGAGUCAUUAGGAAUCACAGAAUUCCUAAGGAAGAAAGAAAUACACCCAGACGACCCUGGACCUAAGCAGCCCAGCCGAGAGAUGGAUGGGGAGCAGCCAGAGGGAGCCGGCAGCAAGAAGAGGGAGCACGAGGCUGCGGAGGAGGGACUGGCCUCGGUGAAAAGGCCCAGAAGUGAAGCCGUGCCCGAGGACACCAUUGAAUCUCUUGCUGCCAACACCGGAGGCCAGGAGAAGCCCAGGCCCUUUCGUGCUUUGGCUGCCGGUACAGUAGUGUCUCGGGAGGAAGACAUUGUCGUAGUUACCAACGCAGAGGGUGUGGCCUGCGGAUGGGCCCGUCGGAAGGAGUUCCUCUAGAAGCUGUGGAGGCAGGGCCCUCACAGUGAAGGGGAGUGAGAUCCUAGAUUUGUCUGAUUUAUCCUGAGAAAGUCUAUGGCAAGCAAUGUGUAUUUUUCUAAUGUGAAUACUGCACAGAUGAACCUUUUAUUUAUA